AUGGCGACUCAUGCCUUCCUCCUAGCUGCAGCCCUCUUGGCUUUGUCAUGCUUUCAUGCCAUUGCCUCUGAUCCAAGCCUUCUCCAAGACUUCUAUGUUGCCAAUAAGAUGUCUACACAUAUAUAUAUACACAACUAUUAUUUUCACUUUUACAUAUAUAGGUCAUCAUCAAUUGUGUCCAAUUACCUAAUUAACAAACUAACUGUCGCCUAUAUACAUUUUUCUAACUUUCUAUUACUGUUGCACGUAGUGCGUGUGAAUGGACUCCCAUGCAAGGAUGAAAAGGAUGUUGUUGCUGAGGAUUUCUUCUUCCUGGGCUUUCACAUGGCCGGCAACACAACCAACAAGCAAGGCUCUGCCGUGACACCAGUGAACGUGGCUCAGAUUGCCAGGCUCAACACCCUGGGCAUCUCUCUUGCCUGCAUCGACUAUGCACCCUAUGGUCUUAACCCUCCUCACACACAUCCACGGGCCACUGAGAUAUUGACGGUGCUUGAGGGCUCCUUGUACGUCGGCUUUGUCACAUCAAACCCGGACAACAAGCUGUUCACAAAGGUUCUUAACAAAGGGGAUGUGUUCGUGUUCCCUGAGGGAUUGAUCCAUUUCCAAUUCAAUUAUGGAACAAAGAGCACCGUGGCCCUUGCAGCAUUGAGUAGCCAAAACCCUGGGGUGAUCACUGUGGCCAGCGUUGUAUUUGGGUCCAAGCCAUCCAUCUCGGACGAUGUCCUUGCCAAGGCUUUUCAAGUCGACAAGCAAACUAUUGACCGCAUCCAAGCUCAGUUCUAG